GUUGCGCAAGUGCGAGCGAAGGAGCGCGAGGGUGCUUUCAACUUGUGGUGACAAGGGCGUGGUGGAGUGUGCAUCUGGGGGAGAGGGAAUGUGGGUAGACAUGAACCUUUUCACAGUGGUGCCGAAACCCAGAAUCUCGAGGAAGCUAGCACUACGUCAUGGAGUCCUCGCCUCUGGACAAAGUUAUCCAGUCCCUUGCCAGCAUGCAUCAGGCUCAACAACAGGCCCUGCUUGAGUUGCAUCAAGAGCAAGACCAGUGCUUCCAAGACAUUCUCCGAGCUCUAGUAGAGGAUCGUCAGGCACUAUGGAGCUUGUUACACCAGGGGGAAGGCCCAAGCAUGACCCCGGACCCAGCAACCUCCAUGGCUUCAGUCACCCUCCUGAAAAUGGGUCUUCCAGAAGGGACAGUGUGUCCAGUGCCAUCGCCUGGCGUCGCUGAAGGAAGCGGUCCAGCUGGCGGAGGUCCAUAUGGCGGCGUGCCCAAUCGCGGAGGAGCCCUCUCUCUCUCUCUCCUCCCCCUGUGUUUUCUCCCAUCUCUUUCCACUCCCCUCUCACUCUCUCCUCUCUCCAGGCCCUGUUCCAGCACCCGGAGGCAUGGAAAUCCGCCACAGAAGCCGGCUCCUCGCUUGCACUGGUUUAUCCCUUUCCUGGCGACUUCAGGGUCUAAGCAAUCUCCCCCUCAGGCUGAUGUACCUGCCCCCACAAGAGUGAGUGUAACAAAGAAGGACACUGGCAGCUGGAUUCUUCAAACACAGGUGUGAUAAGCAUCCUGUGGGAUCAAAGAUUUUAAAGGCAGAAACCAGAGAGACCAAACCAGCUGUGCUGCAGGCAGAGAAAAAGAGCGAGAAGCAGAGAGAGGAAUACAGGAAACUGAAGCUAUAUCAAACAAAUAGCAACACGUAAGUCCA